CUACCGUGGGUGCACUGCUGGCCUCCAAGCUGGGGUGGAAAUUCUACGAUGCGGAUGACUACCACUCUGAAGAGAACCGGAUGAAGAUGGGGAGAGGGGUACCACUGAGCGACCAGGACAGGGUUCCAUGGCUCUGCAGCUUGCAUGACAUUUUGCUAAGAGAUGUGGCCUUGGGACAGCAUGUCGUUCUAGCCUGUUCAGCCCUGAAGAAAAUGUACAGAGACAUCUUGAUACAAGGAAGAAGUGAUGUACCUGUGAGAAGUGAUGAGUCAGCAAAGGAAAAACCGCUGCCUGGGGCAAAGCUCUUGGUGGUCUACCUCUGCGGGUCAUUUGAGGUCAUUUCUGAACGGUUGCUCCAAAGAAAAGGGCAUUUUAUGCCACCUGAGUUACUGCAGUCCCAGUUCAGCAUUCUGGAGCCCCCAGCAGCUCCUGAAAACUUUAUCCAAAUCAAUGUGGACAAGAGUCUCUCAGAGGUCGAGGCUGCCAUUAUGGAAGCUCUCAGAUGAAGCAGUCACUUCACGCCCGUGGCUUACAUCGCACUCUGGUUCCAAGCCCCAUGCUCAUGGUGUGUUCUAAAUUCUUUUGGUUUAGACACAGGGUUUCUCUGUGUAGCCCUGGCUAACCUGGAACUCGCUCUGUAGACCAGGCUGGCCUCGAACUCGCAGAGAUCCGCCUGCCUCUGUCUUGAGUGCUGGGAUUACUGGCGUGUG